AUGAUCGGCAGGCAGCGCGGGGGCCGGGGUGUCGCUGAUGAUUCUGAUUCUGGUGGAUGCGCCGGAAUCUUGUUCCACCGGCGGCGGGCUGCUGAAAACGUUGGUACGAAGGACUGGACACCCGUGGGAAGCUGCCGAGCUGAACAAACUAGCGGUGCUCUGGAGAUCGUCCCUCUUGAACUAGUCGUCGUUUUCUCCGCCCGCCGUCGGCGCCCAAGAUCACCAUCACCACCGUGCUGCGCCGUCCCCAGCCUCGCGCGUGCAGGCGCAGGCGCAGGUGCAGGCGACCCUGGACCCUGGACGCGGCACGGCAAGACGGUUGGAUCAUCAGUAGUCCGUACGGAGUAG